AAAAUUACAACCUAACCUAAAAUUUUCGGCGUCACUAAAACGUUUUGGCACCAACACUAUUUAUUUCACGAUUAAAGUAAAUAAUUAACACAAACGAUGGCUUUUAAACCACAAAAAGUUCAAAAGGUAAUGGUACAACCCAUUAACCUAAUUUUCCGUUAUUUACAAAACCGGUCGCGAGUUCAAGUGUGGUUAUAUGAAAACGUUAAUCUGCGAAUCGAGGGCCACAUCGUUGGUUUCGAUGAGUAUAUGAACUUAGUUUUGGACGAUGCUGAAGAAUAUUACACCAAAACGAAACACAGGAGGCAAUUGGGGCGAAUUAUGCUGAAAGGAGAUAACAUUACUUUGAUACAAAAUGUUAACCCGGAAUGAGAAUUAGAAAAUUAAGAAUGAUGUUUAAAUUCUGAUGUGUAUUAUUAAGAUUAGUUCUUAAGGAUUGUAAUGUUAAGAUGAAUAGGAAUAAACAUUAUUUUGAAGAA